AGAACAAGUAUAAGAUCUGCCCGUCGCGCCUGCAAAUGUAAGUCUCAUCCAGUCACUCCUCUCCUCAUCCCCUCCCACCAAUCGAGUCCUUUCGCUACUCGAUACGAUCUUCAUUCAUUCGCCCUGCAUUUUCGAGCCGUCUUCCCCUCUUUCAAUCGAUCUUCUCGGAAAGCAGUUACGAUUGCCGACCGCUCUCGCUCCUCUUAUACCUCGCCGUCCUUCCCUUUGCCACUCUCAGUCACUUGAGACUAUCGAUCAACCACCCCUACUCCUUCGAUUGUUCGACGCACGACUCUACUACACAUCAAGCAACAACCGCACGCAUCCCCUAAAAUGGCAGGCGGCGGCAUUCCCAUGAAUGUUGCGCCCGUUCAGGGAGGCUUCUUGACCGGCCGCAAGCUCAUCUUUCCAAUCUUCCUCAUCACCCUGCUGUUCUUCCUCUGGGGUUUCUCGUACGGCCUUCUGGAUGUCCUGAAUAAACAUUUCCAGGAGGUCCUCGACAUCUCCAAGCUCCAGUCCACGGGUCUCCAGGUCAUGUACUUUGGUGGCGGUUACCUCUGCUUCUCGCCCGUCGCUGCCGAAGUCCUCAAGCGCAAGGGAUACAAGUUCACCAUCAUCAUGGGCCUGUCCUUCUACUCGGUCGGAGCCAUCUUCUUCUGGCCCGUAGCACACUUCAUCACGCCCACCAACCACCUCGGCAUCUACGGUGGCUUCCUCGUCUGCACACUCGUCCUCGCCUGUGGUCUUGCCACCCUCGAGACCUCCGCCAACUCCUACGCAGUCGUCAUCGGAGACCCAGCAACCGCCUCCCCUCGUCUCCAGUUCUGUCAGUCCUGGAACGGUGUCGCCUCCUUCGUCGGUCCCCUCAUCGCCUCCAAAGCCUUCUUCAGCGGCUCGAGCAACAACAACCUGGUGAACGUGCAAUACGUCUACCUCGCCGUCGCAUGUCUCGGCGCCGUCGUCGGCGUCCUCUUCUUCUUCGCCAAGCUCCCUGAAGUCGAGGAGACCGCAGUCCGCCGCGGCAGCAUCGUGACCGAGGAGACUCUCGAAGUCGGCGUCGACCAAUACGGCAACGUGAUCGGCGACCGCCCGCUGUACAAGCAGUACAACAUGAUCUUCGGCUUCAUCGCGCAGUUCUGCUACGUCGGCUCGCAAGUCACCAUCGCCUCCUUCUUCAUCAACUACGCGACGGAGAAUGCGUCAUUUGACAACGCCCAGGCCUCCCGCCUGUUCUCCUACGGCCUCAUCACCUUCACCGUCGGCCGCUUCAUCUCCACCGCGCUCGCGACGGUCUUUGAGUCCAACUUCCUCAUCACCAUCUACGCCGUCUUCGCCAUCGCCUUCACCGCCUACUGCUCCGCCGGCACCGGCACCGCCGCCGUCGGCGUCCUCAUCGCCGUCUUCUUCUGGGAAGCCCCGAUGUACCCAUCCAUCUUCACGCUCGGAACCGCCAACCUCGGCCGCCAUACUCGCCGCGGUGCCGGUAUUCUCGUCAUGGGCGUCAGCGGCGGCGCCGUCUUCCCUCCCAUCCAGGGCGCCAUCGCCGACAAGUACAACACGCGCAUCUCCUACCUCGUGCCGACGUGCGGCUUCGUCGUCGUGCUCGCGUACGUCGCGUACUCCUGGUACUCGCACGGCAUGCACAUCCUGCGCGUCAAGGGCGAGGCCGUCAUCGCCACUUCCCUCGAAGGCGGUGCCGUCGGCGGCGUCCCCGUCACCACCCACUACGACGAGCGCAAGCUGUCCGCCGCUGCUAUGGAGACUAUCCGUCGCGGCAGCGUGGGCUCCGUCACGGUCAAGGGCUUCACUGGCGGCAUUGAUCGCGGCGACUCGAUUGCCGGGAUGAAGCGCUUCUCCGUCGCCAACAAGGGCGGCUCUGUUUCCGAGCAGGUGACGGAGGUGAAGAACUGAGCGGGUCGUCGUGGAACGGGAGAAGCGGAGUGGAGUGGAGUGGAGUGCUGGAGGGUCAUGUCUUCCUGACGAUCUUGACGACUGCUGAAUUGCCGUGCUUUUUGCUUUGUCUUGGGGGAAUACCUCUUGAGCUAGUUUUUCUCGGAUCUCGUCGCUGCUCCACGAUGCCUGUAUAUACGCACACAUACCAGACAAAUUCGUCUUGCAACUCACAAAUUCACUCCA